AUGUCACCAAGACAAUCGCCAAAGAAAAUGAACCCCAUCUUGGGCCUGGGCCUACUUUUGGCUGGCCUUCUCACUGUGGAAAGUCUUCAGCAGCCCAACCUCCCUCUGAAGAAUCAUGUACCAGUGAGCCAGAUCGAAUCAUGGAAGGGAAGGAGGGCAGCCCAGGAACUCACAAAGCGGAACACAGAAUUCGGCUUCAAGCUUUUCAGGAAGCUGGUGUCCAAUAGCCCGGACAAGAACAUCUUCUUUUCCCCCUUGAGCAUCUCUUCAGCCUUUGCUAUGCUAUCUCUGGGUGCCCAGGAUUCCACCCUGGAUGAGAUCAAGGAGGGUUUCAACUUCAGGGAUAUUCCAGAGAAAGACCUUCAUGAAGCCUUUCAUUACCUCAUCCACAGGAUAAACCAGGAGGGCCAAAACCUGAAGCUGAACCUCACAAACACCUUGUUCAUCGACAAGAAGCUGAAGCCACAGAAGAAGUUUCUGACAAAUGUCAAGAACCAGUACAAUGCAGACACCGUCCCCAUCAACUUCCAGAACUCGGAAGAUACUCGGAGGCAGAUCAAUGACUAUAUCAAUCAGAAAACCCAGGGGAAAAUCAACAACCUGAUCAAGAAUAUAGAUCCUGGCACUGUGAUGCUUCUUACAAAUUGUAUUUUCUUUCUAGCCAGGUGGAAACAAGAAUUUGAUCCAAAAGCAACUAAAGAGGAAGAUUUCAUCCUGGAUGGAAACAAGUCAGUGAAGGUGCCCAUGAUGUUCCGCGGGGGCAUAUAUGAAGCCGGCUAUGAUGAACAGCUCUCCUGCACUGUCGUGGAAAUGCCCUACCAGGGCACCAUCACUGCCAUCUUCAUUCUUCCUGAUAAGGGUAAAAUGAAGAAUGUGGAGGAGGCCAUAAACACGGACACUUUGGUCAGAUGGAAAAAACUAACAACACGAAAGGUCGUGGACAUAUCUUUGCCCAGAUUCUCCAUCACCGGGACCUAUGACCUGAAGAGGACGCUGUCCUACCUGGGUAUCACCAAAAUCUUUGAGGAGCAUGGUGAUCUCACCCGGAUCUCCCCUCAUCGAAGCCUAAAAGUGGGUGAGGCGGUGCACAAGGCAGUGCUGAAGAUGGAUGAGAAGGGAACGGAGGGCGCAGCGGGCUCCGGAGCACAGACGCUGCCCAUGGAGAAGCCGCUCUCCAUCACUAUAAACAGACCCUUUUUGGUGCUUAUUGAGGAUAGCGUCCUGUCUGCUAGAAUCUUCAUGGGAAAGAUUGCUAAUCCUACUGGGGCGUAA